AUGCUACGAGUUGAAUCUUUUUCUAAUUCGCUACGGAGGCAGGCGGCUGGUAGUGGUGCACCCGCUUCCAACGAAUCUCCGGCAAAAAUUUCUGCCCAUGCUACGAAAACAUGCGAAGAUCGUGAUUAUCGAUGUUUUGAUUUAGUUGCAAGUGGUGGCGAGAUGUCAUGUUCAGCGACAUCAUAUACCACAAAAUUUUGCCCAAAAACUUGCGUAUUAUGCGGAUCUAUGGAUAAAAAAGCUGGUGGUAAGGCGAUCUUUCCAACUAUACCUAUAUUCACAUAUGGCGAGGAAAUCGAGAUUUCAUUGCCACAGCCAAAUAUGAAAGGAUUAAAAGCACUUAAUUAUUCAGCCUUUGCCUGGGAUAUAAAUAAUCAACAAGAACUUCACAGCGAAUAUGGCUAUAUUGCAAUGAAUUCACGAACUAAUGAAGUUGCAUUAACGACGGUUAUGAAUAAUGGUUAA